CAUGGCGAUACAGCUUUGCAUUAUGCGGCAUGUGAAGGACACAAAGAAGCCGUCGAAGUGUUGUUAAAUAACGGUGCUGAUUAUGAACUCGAAAAUUACAGGGGAGAGACUCCUUACAACAGAGCUGUAGAAGAAGGACACAUGGACUGCGCCUCCUUACUUAAACCCACCGCACGGUUGCAGUCGUUCAUCGCAGUGACGCCAAAUAACAAACCAGUGCCGCUACAACCCAACCAAGUAGACAAGUUAUGACUGAUUGCAAAGACAUCGAUACCAACCAUUUGUAGACUUGCAGACUGUAAUAUAUCUUGCCUUGGAUGACGUCACGUAUAGUACAAUUGUCAUUUACGUUUUGAUUGUUUUAAAUAAUUGUUUUAUAAGUCAAUCUGUUUGUUUUUUUCUAAAUUUUGUAGAUUUUACUCAUCAGAUAUUGUGAAACAUCCACCAAUUUUUGAACUAGUUUUUGCAAUGAUGUUAUAAAUAUUCCAAUUCAUUAGCAAUUUUAUGAUAUAUUAGAUCACCAGGAUUCAUAUACCAUCCACCUGUCCGUCCUCCGUUACAAUUAUCAGAAAUGAUGGCAAAUGUAUUUAUCAAUAUUUCUCUUUGUAAACACGGAUGUGUGAUAAUUUACUUUUUGAUCUCGUCGUGGCUAUGUUUACUUCCGAAA